CCCCUUCAUCCUACCGAUCCUAAAAUCACCGAAUUUAUUUUCUGAGAAUAAUCAGUUUAGAAUUUCUCUAUAUUUACCCUUUCAUUAUGGAUGACACAGCAUGCACAUGGCCUGCCUGGAAGUUUGGUAUGAAGAGCGAAGAUCUAUCUAACAAGCUUCACGACAAGUACAACACUUAUCUUGCGCCAAUCCAAAGCCCCAAAGCCUUUUAUCACGAUAUCUACGAAAUUGCCCAUACCGCGCAUUCUCCAGCCGAAUUCCAUCAUCUAGCCCACGAUCGAAGACAACAACGACUCCACGAACUGAACGAGGCUCUUGAAUCUGCAAGUUUCGAGAUUAUUGGCAAUCCGAACCUCAUCGAGACACCUCAGUGGGAGCAUGCUAUCCAGCUCUUCCGUACCAACUCGCUCGAUUCCCUCGUUCAAUACUUUGCUUCAUACCUUCCCCAAGACCACCGUUGGCACCCGUUGCGUCAAAACUCUGUCCUGUCAGACGCUGAUGGCAGUGAGGGUUUACACAAAAGACAUACCUCUGAUAGUACUAGGAAAGCAAUUCAAGUAAGUAGAGGCGCAGGAAUUCCCAAUGGUAUCACGUUUGAAACAGGUGAGCACAAACGAGGAGAAAUGCACAACGAGAGUGCACGUCGCAUGGCGAGACCCAGUAGAAACCUACGUUCUAGGGAAGUUGGCUUUGAAUGCACCCACUCAACCGCACAGAAAAGAGCCUCGUUCGAUCAUCAUACAAAGUCAAAAGGAACCAUUCUAAAGUUUUCUCCCAAGAACCCGCUAUCCCCAGUGGGUCUCAAAACUCAUGCUGCACUUGGUCAUGGCGCUGGAGGUGGUAAUGGAAGUAAAGUCGGGUUAAAGAGGAAACGAGCUUGAACGAACAAACAUCCAUAACGACUCUUUGUACUCGUAUAUUCAUACAACUAAU